GCCGGGCCAGGAGGACUGGGAGAGCGGGACGCCCGAGGACGCCGGACUAAACCAGUGUUGUGUUGCACAGCCCACGUCGGUGCGCCUAAGGGGUCCACCGACGACAUCCACGAGCCGACGUCACCCGAGGAGGCGGCGCGGAGCGUAUCGCCGCCGUCAAGGACGACGCCGGCGGAGAGAACGCCAUCCCCGACCUCAGCUGGGGACGCCGACGACGCCCCAGACGAGGCAUCCCCGGUCCGUGGGGACCUCCACGUCGGGCGGCGGGGCCAGCGGGGCCGAAGGCGAUCCGGAGGGCGUUCUGCGGACGCUCCCCCUUCUCCAAAGACGCGGAAACGAAAAUCGUCCACCAUUCCAGACGGGGAGUGGCUGCCGGGCACGUGGCCCGCGGGGCACGGCGGUGGCGCCGUCACGAGCGGCGUCGGCGUCGGUGUCGGCGUCAUGGAGACGGAGCAGCUCAUCGCCGAGAUAGAGAGGCGGCCGGGCAUCUACGACUCGGGAUGCCCGCAGUACCAGGAUCGGGUCGCCAAGUGGACGCUGUGGUGCGAGGUCUGCGAGAUCAUGACCCCGCGCUGGCACCAGCUCGACGAGGACCGGAAGGCCGCUAGAGUGAAAGAACUACAAAAGAGGUGGAAGUCCCUACGCGACUCCUUCAUGAAGGAGCUCAAACUACAGCGUGAGAUGCAGCGCACCGGCCAGACCGCCAACCGCAAGAAGUACGUCUUUUUCGACCAGAUGACGUUCCUCAUGCCGUGCUUGGAGGCGCGUGGAGUGUCGCGCUCGGCCGGCGGCUUCGUUCUGCGCGAGGUCGACCCCUACGAGUCGGAGACGGACAGCUCCAAGGCGGACAGGGACGGCGGCGACUGCGGCGACCAGGGUGGCGACCAGUCCGCGGACGCGACCGACUGCCAGUCGGACGACGCGCCGGUCAACCUCAGCACGGCCAACGGCGGCGGCUGCAGCGCUCUCAGCCUUGGCCUCGGCCUCGGCAGCGGCAUCACCAUCGGGCUGAGCGGCAUCGGCGGCGUCGGCGGCCUCAGCAGCCUCGCGGGCCACAGCGUGCUCGGCAGCGCCACCGCCGUCACGGGCGUAUCCACGGCGUCGCAGGCCGACGACGACCGCGUGCCGCUCAUGCUCACCACCUCCUCGACGACGACCAUCAGCUCGAGCAGCGCCGCCACCGGCAACAGCUACUCUACACCGGGCAGCACGACGGGGAAGUACCGGAGCGUGGCGGCGACCGGGAGCGCGACCACGGCCGGGGCCGCGGCGGGGGCGGCGCAGACGGGCGACUGGAAGCGCAGGCGUUCGGGGACGCCGAUCAACCCGUACGAUGACGACGAGGACGACCCGGAUGGCGACCGCCUCUUCCUGCUCUCCUUGGCGCCGUCGCUGCGGACGCUCCGCGGCGCGGCCAAGUCGGCGCUCAAGAUCGAGCUGGCCCAGCUGGUGCACAAGACCCUUUACGAGCCGGACGACGCGCUGGCCGACUCCAUGACCGAGUCCCUGGCGCCCGUCGUGAGCCUGGCCGAGGGCCUGGCCGAGGGCAGCCCGGCCUCCUCCACGCAGUCCGAGUGCGGCUCGUGCGGCAGCGCCAAGUGCACGUGCCGCAACUCGAGGCCGGCGCACGGCCACGGCCACGGCCACUCCACCAACAACCUGCCCACCAGCGUGCCCAUCACCCUUCCGCUGCCGCUGCCCUUGCCGCUGCCCCUUACGCUGCCGCUGUCGCUGCCGCGAGGACUCCGCAGCCCGAAGCGCGCCCGCCACAUCGGCCUGGACUUCAGCAACUUCAACGGCCACACCGCCAGCAAGCUGCACGGCGUGUGAGCGAACGGCGAGGGUGAAAUUGUAAUUUACGGCGGCGGCGAUUUCGUUGAUCUCAGGAGAGGGUUGGUGUGAAAGGGACGGGCCGCGCUGUGUCUGGGUCGCCGAGGUCGCGGUGGUGGUCGCUCGGCCGCCUUACGGGGUCCUUCUUCAAGACUCUUUGGGCUGUACCUGUGUGAUAUGUGCUGUUUGCACUGGACUAUCGGUUUCUUAGAGAAUGUAGGAUACUUAGGACUUUUUUUUCGGAUGCAUAAUCUUGUCUAGGCCUUCCCACCGCAGAUUUAAUUGACAGAAAACGUUGGAAAAAAAAUAACAUGCAUUAUUAUUUUGGAGGAAAUGUUGAUAGCAGAUUUUUUUUUAUGAGAUUCUCCUUAAAAAUAUCAUAGUUACCAAAAACAUUAUUGUUAUUUUUGUAAUAAAAAAUGACAAGCUAGUGUAGAUAAAGAUUGUUUUAAUAAUAUUGGAGCAGUUACAUAAAAACGCGUCAUGCUUCAGCUUCUAUGACUGUAUAAACUUAAUUAGGAAACUUAUGUAUAAAUAUAUGUUCCACCUAAGCAUAGAUGAUACUUUAGGUGGUCUCAAUAUACCUGAUUGUACAAAAAUUAUGUAUGACAAAGAUUAGAUGUAUAGCUAUUAAAGUUGACAUUUUCCCAUAAA